UGCACUCCACUGGAAGUCUCUCUAUCUGACAGCGUGUUUUUCUCUCUUAAUGGCAGCGUGAUCUUCCAUCAAAUUUGGUGUCCCCUUCUCUCUCUAGAACCUGUCUUUCUCUCUCCAAAUGCGUGUGCAUAAUUGGCAGUUAGCCAUGGAGAGGGGAGAAAUCUGGUUUUUCCAGCAGGUAUCACGGGCGCACCACUCUCUCUUCAUAAUGGUCUGCCCCUUUUACCUGCAAUCCGUUUCUCCUUCACUCUUCAUCAAACAAAACCCCCCAUAAGUGGACAGUUCUCUCUGCACUUCACUGUUGGCCCUUGAACCCUCCAAGCUUUCAGCCAUGCUUUACUCUUCUUGAGUUCAAAUAUCUCAUUUUCUGGGGUUAGAAAAAUGCGCCGUGCCGCACUGGCAGCUUCGGCUGUGGCUUUUGCUGUGGAAUUAGGGUUUCAGGGUGAUUGGGCCUUCUCAUCAAAGGGGGGAAACCAUACUUUGGAGAGGGUGAGAGAGAAGAUUGAGGGGUCAAAGGGCCUGGUUCCUUGUAGGAAAGAGCAGGUGGCUUCUCUCUCUGAUGGUGUGGUGUUUGAUGUAUUAGUGGUUGGGGGUGGUGCAACUGGGUCUGGUGUGGCUCUUGAUGCAGCGACUCGAGGGCUCAGGGUUGGGCUUGUAGAGAGAGAAGAUUUUUCUUCUGGGACUUCCUCUAGGUCCACCAAGCUUCUCCAUGGAGGCGUGCGUUAUCUAGAAAAGGCUGUAUUCAAUCUCGACUAUGGUCAGCUCAAAUUGGUUUUCCAUGCACUCGAGGAGCGUAAGCGGGUUAUUCAAAAUGCGCCACAUAUAUGCCACCCUCUGCCAACCAUGACACCAUGCUUUAGUUGGUUCGAAGUGGCAUAUUACUGGCUAGGUUUGAAGAUGUAUGAUUUAGUUGCAGGCCCUCGCAUCUUGCACUUGUCAAGGUAUUACUCAGUGAAAGCAGCCGUUGCUGUCUUCCCAAUGCUUUCCAGAGAAUCUCAUGGUCGAAACUUGCGAGGUGCAGUUGUUUAUUACGAUGGGCAGAUGGAUGACUCUCGUCUUAACAUCGGGGUGGCUUGCACUGCUGCAUUAGCAGGUGCAGCUGUGUUGAACCAUGCUGAAGUAAUAUCCUUGCAUAAAGAUGAGCAGGGCUGUGUUAUAGGUGCAUGUGUAAGAGAUAACUUGACAGGCAAAGAAUUUGAUGUUCACACGAAGGUUAUUGUGAAUGCGACUGGGCCCUUUUCUGAUGCUGUAAGAAAGAUGGCAGACAAUGAUGCAAGAGAUAUGAUAUGUCCUAGUAGUGGAACUCAUGUGGUUCUUCCUGAUUAUUAUUCUUCGCAAAGAAUGGGCUUAAUUGUUCCUAAAACCAAAGAUGGUCGCGUGAUUUUUGUGCUGCCAUGGCAAGGAAAAACUCUUGUUGGAACUACAGAUAGGCACUCACCCCUAUCCAACCUUCCUGAACCACAUGAAGAGGAGAUUGACUUCAUACUUCAAGCCAUUAGUGAUUACCUGAAAAUAGAGGUGAGACACUCCGAUGUCCUCUCAGCAUGGAGUGGUAUACGUCCAUUGGCUACCGAUCCUUCAGCCAAGGACACUGCUAGCAUUCGCAGAGAUCAUAUUAUAUGUGUGGAUUGCCCUGGUCUGAUUACAAUUACUGGUGGGAAAUGGACUACUUAUCGAAGCAUGGCAGAGGAUGCUGUUGAUGCCGCUAUUAAACAUGGGAAUUUGAGCCCUUUGGGUGGUUGUGUAACGGCCAAUCUUCCUAUAAUUGGUGCCUAUGGAUGGGAGGCAUCAUCCUUCAUAGCUAUUGCUCAGAAUUUUUUGCGCAUGAAAGUCACACGUGAUGGGAAGACAGUGCCCGGGACAAUGGAUACCCCUAUAGCAAAGCACCUCUCUCGUGCUUAUGGGAGCAUGGCCAUGCAUGUCGCCGCAAUAGCUCAGAAUGAAAGCUUGGGAAAAAGGCUUGCACAUGGUCACCCCUACAUGGAGGCAGAGGUGGCUUAUUGCGCGAGGAAUGAAUACUGUGAAUCAGCCAUCGAUUUCAUCGCUAGGAGGACGAGGCUUGCUUUUCUUGAUAGAAAUGCUGCAAUUAGGGCCCUUCCGAGGGUCGUUGAGUUAUUGACCAAUGAGCGAGGGUGGGGGCCUGAGAGGCAGGAAAAGGAAAUGGAGGAUGCUCUCUUCUUCCUUGCUACUUUCAAAUCUGGCACCGGAUUGUAAAAGCUAUGGGUAAUGAAUGAUCCCUUUGCCCCCCCUUCCUUUAUAUAUAAAAACAAGGACAUUUUUCCUUGGGUAGUUUAAAAAGAAGGCUACUCAGGGCUUUAUGGACAAAAUUCGAACUGUGACCUCCCUCGCCAAACCAGUGUCAUUUCUGGGGUUGUUUAUAU